ACUAAUACUCCUUUUUCCCACCAUGGUUGACAUUUACAAAGCCCUCGGGCUCUUUUCCCAGGCCAAAAUCCUUUUUGUAGACUCACCAGACGUGGCCCCCGGCUUGAAGCAAAAGGUGGCGGCGAUCCUCGAGGCAAAUGGGGUGGCGUCGCUUGACUUUAAGCGUCUGGACGACGCGUCUCUCUACGCUGAUCUCAACGACCUUACCCAUAUCAUUGCCACCACCGUUGAUUUUCCUGAGUUUGCGGUGGCAAACUACCAGAUGUUGCCGAUCAUCACACCCCAGUACGUGUUGGUGUCGUAUGCGGAGGAACGCUUGGUGCCGAUCCGCGCUCACUCACCGGACCCGCGGCUCUUCCUCAAGGAGGUUUUCCUCAGCUGCACAACCUCGAUCCCGCGUGAUGACGUGCUUGCGAUCUACGGCGCGGUGCGCGCGGUGGGUGGGCAGUUCAUGGACGACUUGACAAAGUUCACGACGCAUUUGGUCACCAUGGACUUGAACGAUGACAAAUCGCUCGUGGCGCAGGCCUAUAACCUAGAACAGGUGCAAAACGGACUUCCGCCGCCAAUACAGAUCGUGUUGCCGCACUGGAUCGACGACUGUCUCAAAUCGAUGAAGCGGAUUGACGAACAGCCCUAUGUGCUUCCUGCGGCCUCUACGGCACUGUUGCCGAAGGUGGAGGCCCCUGGACCCUCUGAAACCCCUACAAUUCCGUCGCUAUAUGGAAAACAUGUUUACCUUUCUCCCUCGCUCAAUCUCUCGCCGCGCGAACUCGAUACGAUCAUCCUGAUGAUCAGAUCUGUGGGUGGAGAAACCCUAUCACUGGGCCCCAUUCCGUUGGACCUAACGGACGUGCUCAUUACCAACCAGCGGAGUAGCGAGGAUUUUAGGCUAGCGGUUCAGCACAACAAGACCCAUCCGGCGAUUCUAAUCGCCAAUUUUCAGUGGUUGCAGCGCACGAUUGGCACCCAAAACGCAGAUCUUCCAACAACCUCACUAGUAUACUACCCCGAGCCGUACUUUCGCGGCGCCCAGCCGUUCCAGGGGUUGGUCAUUACCGUGACGAACUACACCGGCGAUACGCGGCCGUACCUUGCAAGCUUAAUCACGAUGCUCGGAGGAAAGUUCACCAAGACGUUGAAGCAGACAAAUACGCAUUUGGUGGCGUACCACGGGAUCCAGAGCAAAAAGUUCGAGGCGGCCGCGAAGUGGGGUGUCAAGAUUGUCAACCACUUGUGGAUCGAGGACUGUUUCCGGCAGUUGCGGCGGUUAGAUGAGGCAGGGGAGAGGUACCAUACGGAGUAUAAGAUUGCUUCGGGCGAGGAGAUUGGUAGUGCUCGGGUGGAUUUAGAGCUUGUGGAGAGCUUCGCGAUGGCAGACUCGGGCACGUUCGAGGAGGUGGUCAAGGAGCCUGCCACUCCGGCGAAGGAAAUCGUCAUUGUGUCACCCCCUUCGACCUCCCGCAGGGCCAAGCUCAAGGCGGUAGAGCAGUUGCACUCUGACAUGGACGACUUGAACUUCUAUCAGAAGCAGACCAAGUCGCGGAAGAUGCCGUUGUUGCGUGAGGAGGUGGAGGAAAAGUUACAGCAGCAGCAAAUGAAGGCUGAGGCGAAGCGCACGCGGAGCGAUGAAACUGUUUCUGUCAAAAAGCUCAAGACUAAUGAACAUGCUGUGGAGAAUCCAGAAUCCGGUAAGAUUGAAUCAGAUAAGAUUGAAUCAGAUAAGAUUAAAUCAGAUAAGAUUGAAUCGGGCAAGAAAGGGAAAAAGACAACUGUUCUGGAAACCACCCUUGAACCCAAGGCUAAGGGCAAAACUGUGGACGAAUCUGUCAAAUCCAAGGCCCGGAAACAGAAAUCCGCAACUCCCGAGCCAUCCACCCCCUUUGACAUCACAUUGAUUGCCACGGGCAUGGACUUUGAGAUCACGCGCCAACAACAGCAACAGCUCGCGCGUAUAGGUGUCAAGGUGGUUAAAACCGUGGCCCACGCGGAUGUCAUUGUGUCCCCAAAGAUUCUGCGCACGGAAAAGUUUCUCCGCGGGUUGGCGAACGGCUUGAAGUACGUGCUCCACCCGUCCUUCAUCGAGGAUGUAAUCGAGUACUACGUGGAUAACGACGAACCGAAGGUACCCUUCCCAAUCGAGAAGUACUCCUUGGACGUGAAAACUCCCGAAGCGGUGGCUGAAUUUUUGGGCGACAUCUCGCUCAGCGAGUUGUUGCAGCGGGCACGCAAGUGCCAAGAAAGUGGCGGACUCUUCCACGACGUGGUUCUCAACUUUUCCAAGAACUUGCCCGGCGGUGCCAACGUCAUUUCUGGAGUCAUGGGCGACCAUGGAUGUUCCACCGCGAACUGCAUCAAGGUGGCUACCUUGAAGGAUUUGAAGCACUUGAAACGCGCCGAGACGACCGACCUGGUUGCCUACGUGCUCUGUGCCGCCACCAAGAAGGAAGACACCAAGUUGGUCGAGAGCUUUGGCCGAUUGAUGGAGAGUGAGGGCACUCUGGGUGUGGUGGUCCAAUGGAAUUGGGUCGUGCUGUCGAUUUUCCACAUGGAGCUUCUUCCGUUUUCGGAGUACACGAUAUAAGGUUAGAGCUGCGUUUGCGAUAUAGUUUUGUCCGCCAAGGCACCUUGGAGGUUUACGGUGUUUAUCUGGUUUUCCUUAAUCCCCUUUGACGUAAGGGACAUCUUCCAUUGUUGCUUGUGUUAAUGUAUGCGAAUAUUUGUAAAGGGUAGGAUUCCGCCUAGAUGGGAAAGUACUAGCCGUUACUCUUGAUUGAGAGGAAGGGUGAAGUAGGAGAUAUUCUUGGAAGGAUUUCUAGGUAAUUUUAAAGGGAAAAUAAUUAUUAGGCUCUGCCAACGCCCUUACCAAGUCGUCUUUUACGCGAUGAAAGUCAAUGGAAUUGGAUAAGACAUCGCUAUAGUCCGAUUGAACGGUCGUAGAAUGGGCUGAGCAAUGUCCCGAUUACCAUUAUAAGCAAUACUGCGAUGUUUUAAUUUUAAAAAUCCACCUGAAACUUCUU